AAUGCACAGAAAUUACUUCCCGAUAUCUUUUUACGCUUUCUCGCGUUCAAAGAAAUAAGGAAGUUAUUUCUGAAUUAUUUAUUAUUUAAUUCGAUCUUGGAAUGUCUUGUUUCUUCACGUUUCUUCUUUAUUGUUACUAGUAUAAGUCCUACACAUUGCAGCUAAAUGUCAGAUUCCAAAAUGGUGAAGUCCACAGAUUGGAAAAAAAGUAUAUCACAGAGUUUGAAGUUACGCAAUAAAAAAGAGCGACAUGAAUUUGCAGAUUUAAUUGAAUCACAAAAUAAAUUGUUUGAGCAAGUGGCUUCUCUCAAGACCAGGAAUAUGCAGCUCACUGUUGAGACGGAGAGACUCAAGGCAGACAAUCUAAGCUUACAGAUUCGAGCGGACAGUGGUGGAGAAGGAGGAAGUCCUGGUGGCAAUGUCAAAGUGGCGCUCCUGGAGCAGAGACUCUGGAAACUCAGUGAGGAGCUGACAGAGAUGCAUAGGCGGAGAGGGGAGAAUGCCCAACAAAUCAUAGACCUAACUGCUGCCAUGAAAGAAAAGGAAAAACAACUUCAAGCAAAAGACAGCAAGCUGAUGGAUGCUUUGGCUGUAGAGAACAGUCUACAAGCAGAGAUAAAACAUUUGGAGAGAACCAUCGGAGAAUUGAAGGAGACUAAUCAGACCGUUAAAGAUGAGCACCAGGCCCUACAAGUGUUGUUUGAAGAUCUCACGGAGAAACAUUGCAAGCUCCAGAGAGACAAGGAUGAACUAACAGCGCGAUUGGUGCAACAACAAAUGGAACAGGCUGACAUUUUAAAUCGGGAACUUGCCAACUUUAUAGAGGAAAGACAGUUACGUCUUCAAGAGGAACUGGCCGAGGCAGCUCAAGCAAAUGUGAUGGUCUCAGAAGGCGAUCGAACAUCACGAAGGUUUCCACAGAUCUGCCUUCGUGCUACCAUACCUACAAAAGCUCAAUGUAAACUGGAUGCCCAUGAUGGUGAGGUUAAUGCUGUAUUGUGGAGUCCGACAGGCAGUACGUUUGCCACAGGCAGUGGUGGCGUUGAUGGAACGAUCAAACUAUGGAACUACUAUGCUGGUCAGUGUACAUGUAAAGGCAUAUUGACUGGCAGUAACGCAGGUAUAACUAGCCUCGAAUAUGACCCGGAGGAGAACUAUAUACUCGGAGCGUCAAACGAUAAUGCGUGUAGACUGUGGUCAAUCGACACCCAGAGGUUAUGGCUCACAUUGACUGGCCAUAUGAGGAGGGUUUCUUCAGCCAAGUUCCUCAGAGAAAAUAGCAAAGUUGUGUCAGGCAGCUAUGACAGAACACUCAAAAUAUGGGACCUCCAUACUAAAGCGUGUAUUAAAACCAUAUUGGCUGAGUCAAGUUGCCAUGAUUUGGUCACACUACACGGGACGCACAUAAUCAGUGGCCAUUUUGACAAACGUGUACGAUUCUGGGACACAAAAUCAGAUAACAAGAGCAACGAGAUUGAACUUCAUGGCAAAAUUACCUCCCUUGCUUUGUCACCGGACCACACAUCAUUAUUAGUCUGUACCCGAGAAGACACGUUAAAAGUGAUAGAUUUACGCCAAAACCAGGUUAUGUACACACUAUGUGAUGACAAUUUCAAAGUGGGCUAUGACUGGUCACGUGCGGUGUUCAGCCCGGAUGGCAUGUACGCGUGUGCUGGGUCCAGUGACGGGACGCUCUUCAUCUGGAACAUCGCACGAGGCAAGGUGGAGAAAACUCUUAAGGAACACACGCACUCAAUCCUUGCCUGUUCCUGGCAUCCAGCUGGCUCGUACAUUCUCAGUUCGGAGAAACAGAAGAAAGUUGUUCUAUGGUCAGACAUCUAGCCGGCACUUUCCUCAUCUCACGAAUGCUUGGAUCAAGCUUUUGACAGCUUCAAGUUUUACAUUUUGAUGUGUUCAACCACAAUUAGGUUUCUUUUUUUACUUUUGACAGCAUAUGUUUGAUUUUCAUUAUAUAUUUGUGAUAUGCAUAUUUUAGGUUAAGGUAAAGAUUUCAUAAUUUGGUUUUUAGAGUGGCUUUAAUCAAAAUCCAUUCUUUUAUAAAAAUCAAUACUUAUAAAUACCAUUUAAUCUGACUUUGAAAACUUACAGAAAUCAACACAAGUUAGGAAAUGACCCUAGAUGUUUUAUGAAAACCAACCCUGGUUCGGCCAGUGUUCUCUACAAUGGUAUUGCCUGAAAACACAUCAAAUACUUUCACUUGUAAUUGUUGGUUCAUAUUUUAAAGCUGCACUCUUUCAGAUUCAUCGUUUUGAUAACUAUUUUAGUUUGCGUCUUGGAAUGAGCAAAUUUUUGGGUAAAUGUCUGGAAACCAUUGAUAUAAGACUGCUGACAAAUGAUCGGGUCAUAGUUUUUCAUAUUAAAGUUCAAAAACAAAUGUUUAAUGGCUAAAAGCGUUAUAAACGCUCUUAGAAAAAUUACUUUUUCUGCAUUUUUUUUAAACAGUUGUGAUCUGUUCUAUUGUGAGUUACAUAUAUCUUAUAUGAAUGAAUUAAAAAGGCAUUGAUACUAAAACUAAGAAAAAUUUCAAACUGUCAGUCUGUGAGAAUGCAGCUUAAAUGAACCAGGUAAAAGCAAAAGUAUUCUUUUUUAACAUAAUAUUCAUCAUAAAAAUGUCCUGCCAGGUAUGCAAGCUGGUGUUAUUCAUGUUAUUAUUUUAUUUUUUUAACUGUAUAUUAUAUUGUUGUUUUAGAUAGAUUUUUAUCCCCCGCCUAUGAAAUAGGGAGGGGGAUAUUGAAAUGGCGUUGUCUGUCCGUCCUUCCGUCCGUCCGUCCGUCUUUCCUUCCGUCCGUCCUUCCUUCCGUCCGUCACCUGCGUUUUCUCAGUAACUAGCUGGUAUAAUUUCAUGAAACUUAAAAUAAAUAUGAACCACUAUACUGGAAUGAUGCCCGUCCAAAAAAAAAUUUGAUUGGUCAAUUGUCCUUGGAGUUAUUGCCCUUGAUUUUUGAAAAAUGCACAUUCACAGCCAUUUCUCAGUCACUAGCUGGCAGAAUUUCAUGAAACUUAAAAUAAAUAUGAAUUACUAUACUGGGAUGAUGCCUGUUCAUUGUUUUUUUGGAUUGGUCAAUUGUACUUGGAGCUAUUGCCCUUGAUUUUUUGAAAACUCUCAUUUACAGCCAUUUCUCAGUCACUAGUUGGUAGAAAUUCUUGAAACUGGAAAUAAAUAUGAACCAACAUACUGCGAUGAUGCCUGUUUAUUUAUAUUUUGGAUUGUGUAAUUGCUAAAAAAAAUUAUCAUAAAGUAGUCCCGGUCGAUAUUUUAUAAUUUUGCUUGGAAAGGGAUAAACCAAUGUGCUUAUCUUAUUCUUUCUGAGAUUUUUUUUAACCUUCAAGCACAAACAAGCCAUCAAGCACAAAUAAGCCAUCGUUGGCGGGGGAUAUAUUUUCACUGAAAAUGCUUGUAUCAUAUAUUUUUCAUUGUUUUUGCGUUUUGCUUUGGCUCUGCAAUAUUUUUAUUUGUUAUCAUCUGUGAUAUGAUUAUGAUUCAGAUUAUACUAUAUCAUGCCUCCAACAUGUAUGACAUCAUUGGUUAAGGACUAAUCAUGCUGUGACCCCUUAUUUUAACCAUUCAAAAUACAUACCAAAAUUUGAUUUUGAUUAAUGAAAAAUGGUUAAUUUUGAUGACCAUAUAGAUAAUUCCUAUUUACAGUAAAAAUUACCUUAAAGAAGUAAACAUAACGUGAAUUAUGGAAAAAAAAAUAAUGAGCUUUGCUUAAUCCAUGUAUAAGCAACUUAAGAAGUUUCGAGAAAUUGGGACACAAUGAAUGAAUGAAUCAUUUCAAGCAAUUGUUGGUGCCUUGAUCAAUGUAAACAUGUUGUUGAAGUGAUAUAAGUUACUAGGUAAUAUAUAUCAUCUCCCCCUAUAUUAUAAUAUUGAAGAGAGAUAAAUAAAUUGCAUAAUAAUCAA